CGCACCACAAUAAUCGAUAAUCGCUCCUUUCGCAUUAGCAACAACAGCAAUGGCAUUUUCCUCGGCGGCGCCCAAGUUCACAGUGCGCAGGCGACCGGCGGUGCUAGUGGUGCCGGUGGCCCCAACGCCUCGUGAGCUAAAGCGGCUCUCAAUUUUCGAUGAGCAGGACAGCCUGAGGGUCCAAAUCUCCAACAUCCAUUUCUACCGGAGGAACAACUCCAUGGGAGGCAAGGACCCCGUGCGGGUUAUAAGGGAGGCUCUCGCCAAAGCCCUUGUGCUCUACUACCCGUUCGCUGGACGGCUCCGAGAGCAUGAUGGAUGCAAGCUCGCCGUCGACUGCACCGGUGAGGGGGUUUUGUUUGUCGAGGCCGACGCUGAUGUUUGCCUUGAGUACUUUGGUGAUCCCCUACUGCCGCCAUUCCCGUGCAUCGAGGAGCUCAUCUUUGACGUCCCCGGCUCAUCUGCCAUCCUGAACGCUCCCCUUCUGCUCUUCCAAGUGACGCGACUCGCCUGUGGAGGAUUCAUCCUUGCGGUCCGAGCGAACCACACCAUGGCUGACGCACAGGGGGUGAUGCAGUUCUUGGGCGCCGUGGCAGAGCUUGCGCGGGGUGCGCAGGCUCUGUCCGUGCUGCCGGUGUGGAAACGGGAGCUGCUGGAGGGGCGCAACCAGCAACAGCCGGUGAUGUUGCACGACAAGUUGACCGAGGCCAAGGCCAGCAGUAUCAUGCUUCCGUUAGAUAACGCGGCUCUCCGACUCCGGUCCUUCUUCUUCGGACCCCGAGAGAUCGCUGCCAUUCGAGCCCAGCUCACGCCGCACCUGCAGAAGCGUGCGACAAAGUUCGACUCCAUCGCGGGCUGGAUUUGGAAGUUCCGGACGGUGGCGCUGGCCCCGGAACCCAACGAGGUGAUGAUGCUGGUCGUGGCCGUCAACGCACGCGGCCGCACAACUGCCACGGCUGGCAUACCCAUCGGCUACUACGGAAAUGCAUUCGCGCUUCCGGUCGCCAUGUCAACGGCCAGGGAGCUCUGCACGAAAUCCCUGAGCUACGCUAUUGAGCUGGUGAAGAAGGCGAAAAACCAGGUGGACAUGGAGUACAUGCGGUCAACGGCCGACCUCAUUGUGCUGCGUAGGGGGCAAUGUACUCGCAUCACCACGGGCAUGUAUUCUCUGUCAGACGCAACCAGGGCCAGGUUUGAGCACCUCGACUUCGGAUGGGGCAAGUCGGUGUAUGGGGGUCCGGCAGAAGCCGUCGGCAACCCGUCCAAUCCCUGGCUGACGAGCUUCCUCUUAGCCACCAAGAAUGCCAACGGGGAGGACGGCAUCAUCGUACCGAUGUGCCUGCCUGGCCCUGCUAUGGAUAGGUUGGUGGGAGAGAUGAGCAAGCUGCUCGCCUAUCAGCCGAUGUGACCCUUCUUUACCAACCUCACGUAUUCCCUGUCAAGAGGUCAGCUCUAUGAAUAGAUCACCAUGUGCUGACUAUGAACAAAAUGAAACUUCAUCUCGUAUAGCAGCAUGAGAAUAGAAUCAAGUGGUAUGCUAUUGUAUAUAUACGUGUGUGUCUCAAGGGGUUCUAUUUAUCCUAUAUACUGCAAGUUAUCAAUAAAAUAAUGCAGUGCUCAUUAACAUGCA